CUAUUACAGAAAUCUGUGUGUGUGUAUAUCUUACAAUGAAAUUAUUUUAUAUUCCUGAGCAUUGCACAUACACAGUACUUCAGGUAGAAUUUUACUACCUGAAUGUUACAUGAAGUUACAUAUUUAGUUAGUGCACAGAACAAUCUAUUGAUAUUUAAUAUAUAGAAAAACUAAGGAAAAUAUUUAUGUAUAUGUAAUAAAAGAACAUACAAAUGGAUAUAGUACGUAAUAAUAUAAACAUGCAUAUAUUUUAAGGAAAUUUAUAAAAUAUAACCUAAUAUUUUCUAAUGUAGUUAAAAAUAAUGGAAAAGAAAAUGAACAAGAAAAGCCAUCGUAAGCAAAGACGAGCAUAUCAUAGACUUCUUAAAGAUAUGGAUAUUAAAUGCUGUGAUAAUCCUACACAGUACAUAAUGAUUUGUAAUGCGGGAUUAGUGACUGGUUUACAAAGAAAAACAUUACAAGAUGUGAUAGAUCCUUUUGUUGACUUAUAUGAUUUAAUAAUGCCACUAAACAAAUCAUAUUGUUUUAUUAAAUUUUAUUCAGUAGAAGUUGCUAUAUAUGUAUACAAUAAAAUUAAUGGUAACAUUAAAAUUAAUGGACAAAAUACACCACUGUAUGCAACAUUUACAGAAUCAGUCCCUGAUUUAAAUUAUUGUGGAUGGUCUUCAAAUCUUCCUCCUGGACUUAAAUUAAUAGAAAAUUUUAUCACUGAAAAAGAAGAAGAAAUGUUAUUAAACACAAUUAAUUGGUCUAAUGAAGAAUCGUCAGAAUUAAAACAUAGGAAAGUUAAACACUUUGGAUAUGAAUUUCAAUAUGAUUCAAAUAAAGUAGAUCCAGAUAAACCUAUUACACCUAUACCUGAAAACUAUCGAUUUUUAAAAACGCUGUUCAAAAAAUAUCAUGAUGUUCCAUAUGAAUAUGAUCAAUUGACAAUUAAUCAUUAUUUACCUGGUCAAGGUAUUCCUCCACAUAUUGAUACACAUAGUGCGUUUGAAGAUAGUAUAUUGUCAUUAUCAUUGGGCUCAGCUUGCAUAAUGGAUUUUAAACGAGAAAAUGAAAAAGCUGCUGUCCUUUUGCCUGCUCGCUCAUUGUUAAUCAUGUCAGGAGAAGCUCGUUAUGCCUGGUCGCAUGGAAUUUGUCCUAGACAUAAUGACAUAGUAAAAUCUUCAAAUGAAGUGACAACUCAACCACGAGGAACAAGAGUAUCGUUUACAUUCCGAAAAAUACACAGGGGUGAUUGUUGCUGUAAUUUUCCGGAAUAUUGCGAUACUAAACAGAAUAACGCUACUACUCUGAUCGAUAGUAAAAUAGCUCUAGGAAUAGAAAAUUCUUAUGUACAUGAUGUUUAUGAUAAAAUUUCAAAUCAUUUUGAUGAAACAAGGCAUAAACAAUGGCCCAAUGUAACCAAAUUCCUUCAAACUUUAAAUACAGGUGAUAUCUUAUUAGAUGUAGGAUGCGGGAAUGGCAAAUAUCUUUAUCAAGCUAAAAAUAUAUUUAAGGUUGGAUGUGAUAGAAGUUACAAUUUAAUGAAAAUUUGUCGCAGCAAAGGUUUCGAAGUAUCCCUAUCUGACUGUUUAUAUUUACCUUAUAAAGACAAUAGUGUGGAUGCAGUAAUAUGUAUAGCUGUAAUUCAUCAUCUUUCGACUCACGAGCGAAGGAAACAAGCCAUUUCUGAAUUAACAAGAAUUCUUAGGCCAAAUGGAAAAUGUUUAAUUUAUGUAUGGGCAAAAGAACAAGAAAAGGAUUCUAUUCAAACAGCUUACUUGCGAUAUAAUUUAAGUAAAAAGGAAGACAAUAUUUCACAUACACAAAAAUUAACAGAAUAUGGUAUAACAUUACCCGUGCAUGAAAAUCGUACAAAAUUUGUCUGUAAGGAUAUGCUUGUUCCAUGGAAAAGAAAAGGAGGCGGCAACUUCCUUAGAUAUUAUCAUGUAUUUGAAGAAAAUGAACUAUCACAAUUAUGUUCAGAAGUGCCGAAUCUUACAAUAAAACAGGUGUAUUAUGAUCAGGGGAAUUGGUGUGUAAUUUUACACAAAAAAGAUCAAAUAAAUUAAUAAAAUCAAUUUUUAA